CGCAGGAUAGCUCGAGACCGCUAUUCUUACGAUCAUCGAUGUGAGGGUUCCUUUUCUUGUACUUGAGCCUCAACUGAUGCGAGCUGUAGACCCAAAAGUCAGUCGUGUGAUUGCUCGCUGUAACUUCACGAAGGCCUUCCAUGUCACUGAGAGCAUGCUGCUACCCCGCCCGUUGAUUGAAUACCCCGCGCUGCUCUUCGCUCAUGACCUGCCCCCGCUCGAGCUGAGUCUUCAUGCACCUGCUUCGCGCUGCGCAUUCCUUUCCAAUCUUCACGUCUUCCAGACGAGUCGCGCCCGCAAGCGCUGCUGCAUGCACUUCACUUUUUCGUUCUAUAGGCCUGGACUUUAUGAAAGCUGCUCGAUCCCACAGGUUGGCCUCGGUAUCGUAACCCUUCGAGUGCCGUUCCGUAUCUCGUCCUCGCGGCGGGCUAGAAUGUCACCACUGGUACAGUUCGGAGCGGACUGUGGACAGCAAUUAUACCAUGUGAACGAGAGGCGUAUGCGCGCGGCGAUAAGCAGCCCAGCAGGCCACAGUGCCACAGUUGCCCGUGGGCUAGGCCGCCACAGAAGUUACUAUAUAUAGCAAUUCUGCAUACCUGA